GCCACGAACAGCGAGCGCCCACACACACGGCUCCACGCGGCUACCUGCGACCAUCCGCUCCCGCUCGCUCGCUCCAUCGCCGGCUCGAUCGAUCGAGCUGGUAGGGCCGUGGGACAGACGGAGGAGUAGGCAUGCUGCAGGCGAGUUCAGAGCGGCCGGCGGCCGCGGGGGGCAUGCUGUGGGUGCCCGGGAUGAGCCCGUGGCCGACGAUGGACGCGGGGUUGUCGGCGAGGGGGCAGGAGAUCGCGCGGCGGCGGGAGGAGAUGCUGGGGAUGCUGCACGACCUCCCCGAGUCCGAGUACGAGCUCUCGCUCACCGACCUCGUCGAGAAGGCCGGCGGCGGCGAAGCCGAAGCUGCGGCCGCGGCGCCCGCGCCCGCGCCCGCGCCCGCAGCGAAGAUAGAGGGGAAGGACCCGGGCGCCGCGCAGCAGCAGGCGCCAGCGCCGGCGGCGGGGAGGCCCGAGCGGAGGGCGUCGGCGCGGCGGCGGGACAGCGGGAGCGUCGGCGGGGGCAGCUUCCGCAGCAGCAGCGAUGGCGUCCUGCUCAACUUCUACAUGCCGCGGUCGCUCACCCGGAGCUUCACCACGCCGCGCCACACCCGGACGCCGUCCGCCUCCGGCUGCCGGAGCCCCAGCAUCGCAUCCGACUGCAACAAGAGGGAGAGGGACCUGGACGCCGAGACCGUCAAGUGCUGGUCGUUGCUGUGGGAUCGGCGGUGGCGCAAGUCCAGCCGGCGGGACCCGGGCGCGCCGUCCAGCGAGAGCGAGUCCGCCAUCCGCGCCGCGUCGGCCGCCAUCCUUAAAGCGGCCAAGCACUCCACUCCGCCGGCCAAUAUCUGAGCCGUUUCAUUUCGUCUGCUGCCGGAUGCGUUGCUGGCUUCCAGUUGCAGCUUUGUGUUCUACGUCUGUCUGUACAUAUGCUCUGCGUGUGAUGUGAUAUACUGAAUUACUGAUGCGUUUUGUUUUAGCCUGCUCGCUCAGUUGUCUCUAGUAUAGUAAUAUUCACUUGGAUUGGACUAUUACGUACGUACAACAUAGGGCUUUUGUACUUCUUCACAUGGCUUGUGUUUCCCAUUGAAAAGAAAUGGAAAAUACAGCUGGUCAGACAAAA